AUGCUCCAGAUAACCCCGCCUCUUUCGGGCCCAGUCCUAGCCUCGAGUUCCAACAUGUACGAGUGCGAGACCUAUACCGCCGCCUUUCACCACAGAAAGCAUCUCGAGGGCCACAUGGGCGACCAUGACCACUGGCCGGAGUGCGAGACUUGCCCGCGUACCUUUGGUACUCAGCGUGCCUGCGAUCAACAUAUGGACGACACAGACCACUGGGCCCCGCUCUUCGAUUGCGAGACUUGCACGAAGGACUUUGGCUCUCAAAACGCUACAAACCAACACAUGACGGCUGUUGGCCACUGGGCGCCUAAGUUUUCCUGCGAAAUCUGCUCGAAAAAGUUCUUACUCGCGACAGUGCAAAUUCGAAUCAAGUAG